AUGGAUGGAGUUCACAACAUCAACAUGAUGGAUAGAGUCCACAACAUCAACAUGAUGGAUAGAGUCCACAACAUCAACAUGAUGGAUAGAGCCCACAGCAUCAACAUGAUGGAUGGAGUCCACAACAUCAACAUGAUGGAUAGAGCCCACAGCAUCAACAUGAUGGAUGGAGUCCACAACAUCAACAUGAUGGAUAGAGUCCACAGCAUCAACAUGAUGGAUAGAGUCCACAACAUCAACAUGAUGGAUAGAGUCCACAACAUCAACAUGAUGGAUAGAGUCCACAACAUCAGUAUGAUGGAUGGAGUCCACAGCAUCAACAUGAUGGAUAGAGUUCACAACAUCAACAUGAUGGAUAGAGUUCACAACAUCAACAUGAUGGAUAGAGUUCACAACAUCAACAUGAUGGAUAGAGUCCACAACAUCAACAUGAUGGAUGGAGUCCAUAACAUCAGUAUGAUGGAUGGAGUACACAGCAUCAACAUGAUGGAUAGAGUUCACAACAUCAACAUGAUGGAUAGAGUUCACAACAUCAACAUGAUGGAUGGAGUCCACAACAUCAACAUGAUGGAUGGAGUCCAUAACAUCAGUAUGAUGGAUGGAGUCCACAGCAUCAACAUGAUGGAUGGAGUCCACAACAUCAACAUGGUGGAUGGAGUCCACAGCAUCAACAUGAUGGAUGGAGUCCACAACAUCAACAUGAUGGAUGGAGUCCACAACAUCAACAUGAUGGAUGGAGUCCACAGCAUCAACAUGAUGGAUGGAGUCCACAACAUCAACAUGAUGGAUGGAGUCCAUAACAUUAGUAUGAUGGAUGGAGUCCACAACAUCAACAUGAUGGAUGGAGUCCACAACAUCAGUAUGAUGGAUGGAGUCCACAGCAUCAACAUGAUGGAUGGAGUCCACAACAUCAACAUGAUGGAUGGAGUCCACAGCAUCAACAUGAUGGAUAGAGUUCACAACAUCAACAUGAUGGAUGGAGUCCACAACAUCAACAUGAUGGAUAGAGUUCACAACAUCAACAUGAUGGAUGGAGUCCAUAACAUAAACAUGAUGGAUGGAGUCCACAACAUCAGUAUGAUGGAUGGAGUCCACAACAUCAACAUGAUGGAUAGAGUUCACAACAUCAACAUGAUGGAUGGAGUCCACAGCAUCAACAUGAUGGAUGGAGUUCACAGCAUCAGCAUGAUGGAUGGAGUCCACAGCAUCAACAUGAUGGAUAGAGUUCACAACAUCAACAUGAUGGAUGGAGUCCACAGCAUCAACAUGAUGGAUGGAGUCCACAACAUCAACAUGAUGGAUGGAGUCCACAACAUCAGUAUGAUGGAUGGAGUCCACAACAUCAGUAUGAUGGAUGGAGUCCACAACAUCAGUACGAUGGAUGGAGUCCACAACAUCAGUAUGAUGGAUGGAGUCCAAACAUCAGUAUGA